ACUCCUUCAGAUGGACUAGAUCUGCUCUAUGAUCAGCGUUAGUCUGGAACUUCCCACUGAAGGCUUUGAUUGUUGUUCACUAACGUUUCUCCUUCGUGUCCACAGAGAGAAGAAGAGGAGUGGACCCCAGUCUGCAGAAAGACCCAGAGCUGCAGAUGUUGGUCUGCAGGAGAGUUUUGGAGAACAUCAGAUCAGUCUGAGGAGCAGAAGUGAACAUGUGGCUGAAGGAAUUGAAGAAGCAGGAAGACAAACGCUCCUCAACAGGGUCUACACUGAGCUCUACAUCACAGAGGAACUGAGACCAGAGGCUCACACCCAACAUGAGGUGAUGCAGCUGGAGACCACCACCAAGACCAACCAGCUCCAUGACACUGCAAUCAAGAACCCAGACAUCUUCAAAGUCCUCCCUGACCAACACAGAUCCAUCAGAGUGGUUCUGACCAGCGGAGUUGCUGGAGCUGGAAAAAGCUUCUCAGUGCAGAAGUUCACUCUGGACUGGGCCGAGGGCUUGGAGAACCAAGACAUCAGUGCUGUGGUUCCUCUGUCCUUCAGGGAGAUGAACUUGAUCAGAGAUGAGCAGCACAGUCUUCUCUCUCUGAUCCAGCUGUUCCAUCCAACACUCCAGAAGAUCCCAGCAGAACAGCUGUCUGUCUGCAAACUUCUGUUCAUCUUUGAUGGUCUGGAUGAAAGCAGACUUUCUCUGGACUGCAACAACAGUCUGAUGGUGUCUGAUGUCACACACAAGUCCUCAGUCAACGUGCUGCUCACUAACCUCAUCCAGGGACGUCUGCUGCCCUCAGCUCUGGUCUGGAUCACUUCCAGACCUGCAGCAGCCAAUCAGAUCCCUCCUUCAUGUGUGGACAGACUGACAGAAGUCCGAGGCUUCAAUGAUGCUCAGAAGGAGGAGUACUUCAGGAGGAGGUUCCCAGAUGGAGAGCUGUCCAGCAGAAUCAUCUCCCACAUCAAGGGCUCCAUGUCCCUCUACAUCAUGUGUGAAGUUCCAGUCUUCUGCUGGAUCACUGCUGUGGUUCUGGAGAAGCUGCUGACCACAGAGCAGAGAGGAGAGCUGCCCACCACCCUGACUGACAUGUACUCCCACUUCCUGAUGGUCCAGACAAAGAGGAAGAAGAACAAGUACCAGCAGGAACAUCAGACAAGUCCACAAGAGCUGACAGAGAUUGACAGGGAAGUUCUUCUGAAGCUGGGGAGGCUGGCAUUUGAACAUCUGGAGAAAGGAAACAUCAUGUUCUACCAAGAAGACCUGCAGCAGUGUGGUCUGGAUGUCACAGAGGUCUCAGUGUACUCUGGAGUUUGUACUGAGAUCUUCAGAAGAGAGUGUGAGAUCUUCCAGAAACCGGUCUACAGCUUUGUUCAUCUGAGCGUUCAGGAGUUUCUGGCUGCAGUCUACAUGUUCCACUGUUACUCCAACAGGAAGGUAAAGGUCAUUGAGGACUUCCUGGACAACAAUAUGGAGAACCCAUCCCUGGAUGAGUUUCUGAGUAGAGUCAUGGAGAAAUCCCUGCAGAGUAAAACUGGACACCUGGACCUGCUGGUUCGCUUCCUUUAUGGUCUCUCUGUGGAGUCCAACCAGAGACUCUUGGGAGGCCUGCUGGGUCAGACAGAGAAGAAUCCAGGAACCAUCCAGGGACGCUUAGUGGGCCUGCUUGGUCAGAGAAAGAAGAAUCCAGAAACCAUCCAGAGAGCCAUCAACAACCUAAAGAAUAUCAACAGUGGAGGAGUCUCUCCUGACAGAAGCAUCAACAUCUAUCACUGUCUGAUGGAGAUGAAGGACCUCUCAGUUCAUCAGGAGAUCCAAGAGUUCCUGAAGUCAAAGAACAACUCAAAGAAGAAACUCUCAGAGAUCCACUGCUCAGCUCUGGCCUACACUCUGCAGAUGUCAGAGGAGGUUCUAAAUGAACUGGAUCUGAACCAGUACAAGACAUCAGAUGAGGGUAAACGGAGACUGAUACCAACUGUGAGGAACUGCAGAAAGUUCAAACUUCCAGUAUGUGGACUCUCAGUGACUCACUGUGAAAUUGUGGCUUCAGCUCUAAAGUCAAACCCAUCCCGCCUAACAGAACUGGACCUGAGCAACAACUUCCUGGAGGAUUCAUCCAUGAAGGUUCUGUGUUCUGGACUGGAGAGUCCAAACUGCAGACUGCAGACUCUGAGGUUGAGGCACUGCAUUUUGUCAGAGAUCAGCUGUGAAGCUCUGGUCUCAGCUCUGAAGAAAAACCCGUCCAAUCUGACAGAAUUGAACCUGAGCUACAACAACUUGCAGGAUUCAGGAGUUCCUCAUCUGUGUGGUUUUCUGGAGAGUCCAGACUGCAGACUGCAGACUCUGAGGUUGAGGAACUGCAGUCUGUCAAAGACCAGCUGUGCUGCUCUGGUCUCAGCUCUGAAGUCCAACCCAUCCCACCUGACAUUCUUAGAUAUGACCUUGAACGGCCUUCAGUGUUCAGAUGUUCAGCAGCUCCAGGAUCUGGUGGAGAGUCCAAACUCCAAACUGCAGACUCUGAGGUGGUGGGAGUACUAGCGUCUAAUGUUUCUCCUGGUGGAGCAGAGAGGAGCAGCAGCAGAUCUGCAUGGAUGUUGUGACUGGGAGUUGAAAAGCAGAGUGAUGGAGGAAUCAGAGGAAGUGGAGAUGAGUGUCAGAGCUGCAGCAUGAACUGAUCUGAGAUCAGCUCCACUGUCUCUCUCAGCAUCAAGUGGACAGUUAUUGUGCUGCAGC